UGGACAUUUCAAGGUUUUCGACACUUUCUUUUCGUUUCACAUCUCUCCUAAUUAAGGCUCUCAGUUUCUCAGAGCAUUAUAAUUGAUUUAUCUGCGUCUCUUACUUUAAUUAGGACCCAUCUCGUCUCUUUUGUUACAUCAUAUAACCUUUAGCACCUCUUUCUCAAAUAAUAAUAUCUAGCUAAUUUUUAUGGAUCCUCCAACAUCGCCCCUACCCACUCCAAGGUCACCACUACAGCCUCCAACUUUUGGAAACUUAGUCACCAUUCUUAGCAUCGAUGGCGGUGGAAUUAGAGGACUUAUACCUGGAACUAUGCUUGCCUUUUUAGAGUCUGAGCUUCAGAAACUGGAUGGAGAGGAUGCAAGAUUGGCAGAUUAUUUCGAUGUUAUUGCAGGAACUAGCACUGGCGGCCUGGUGACUGCUAUGCUAACAACACCAAAUGAGCAAAAUCGCCCAUUAUUCGCUGCCAAAGAUAUCAAUGAUUUCUACCUUGAGCACUGUCCUAAAAUAUUCCCCCAGGACACGUCUGCUUUUGCUCCUGCCACGAAUCUCGUCAGGUCUCUGAGAGGACCAAAGUAUGAUGGAGCAUAUUUACAUGAAGUCGUCAGGGAAAAAUUAGGAGAAACACGAUUAGAUCAGACAUUGGCACAUGUUAUUAUUCCAACGUUUGAUAUCAAGCGCCUCCAGCCCACUGUCUUCUCCAGCUACGAGGUGAAGAAGAAUCCAAGCAUGAAUGCCCUUUUAUCGGAUAUAUGUAUUGCAACUUCAGCCGCCCCAACUUAUCUUCCUGCUCAUACUUUCGAAACCACAGAUUCCACAGGCAAAGUGAGAAAAUUCGAUCUUAUUGAUGGUGGCGUAGCUGCUAAUAAUCCGGCGUUGGUAGCUAUGAAUGCUGUAAUGAAAGAAAUUAACCGGGAUAAUCUUGACUUCUUCCCCAUAAAGCCAACAGACUAUAGCCGAUUUUUGGUGUUAUCCUUGGGGACUGGUUCAGCAAAAUCCGAAGAAAAGUAUCAUGCUACUGAAGCAGCAAAAUGGGGUCUGUUGGGAUGGUUAACUAGUGAACACUCCACUCCAUUAGUGGAUGUGUUUAUGCAAGCAAGCAGCGACAUGGUUGAUUAUCACAUCUCCACUGCUUUCCAAGCUCUUCACUCUGAAGAAAAUUAUAUCCGAAUUCAAGAGGAUACACUAACUGGAAAUCUGUCUUCUGUGGAUAUUGCCACAGAAGACAACUUGAAUAAUCUUGUGAAAGUGGGCCAAGAAUUGCUUAAGAAACGAGUAGCACGGGUCAAUUUGGACAGUGGUGUCUUUGAGCCUGCUUAUAAGGCUACGAAUGAAGAGGCGCUCGUAAAGUUGGCAAAAUUACUGUCAAGGGAGAAGCAACUCCGUGAAACUAGGUCACCACAUGGAAAAGUAGUUACUCUGAAAAAAAUUUAACUAGUAAUAAAAGAAGAAGGUUUCACUGCUCCUAAUGGUGACGUUGUGGAUUGCACGAAGCAUGUAUUGAGCAAGGACUGGAAUGUAUUUGUAUCAACUAUGUUUAUAACAGACAAGCUCUCAACGCUAACAGGUUUCCUUUAGACUGUCUCAGGUUCAGGAGGCAAUAGAUUUUAUUUUAUAAUGGUUGAUUCAUGAUGUAAGCGGAGUGUCAUACUCCGCUCUGGUGUUGCGUAAUCUUUGAGUUUUCCUACGUUUUCAAUAAAAAUUAAUUAUAACUUA